AUGAGUGUAACCUCUCCAUGUCAUUCUAUUCUCACCACGGCCCAAUCUACAACGAACAACAUUGCGAUCAUGGCGUAUUCUUCGGUUGCGAUAACAGCGACUGCUGCAGGUGUUGCAACAGUAGCCCUUCUUGUAUUCGGUCCUUUGGAACAAUCACAUACUUUCCCCGUAACUAAACGGAAGCUUGAAACACCUCCCCCGCCACCGGUUGAGCCGGUCGCCCCUCUCAGUGCUUCCUGGAGCUUUGUCGAUCAAUCCACCAGCGCCCUUUUGGAGGCUGCGAACAAAGUUCGUGCACAAGAUCAUGCAGAACGUGUGUUUGCUGAGCUUGUUGACCCUGAGACGUACUAUGAAGCAACCCGGCAACCAGAAUUUGGCGUGGAAGUUAUUAGCAGAGGUUCAGGCAUCACACGAUUCAUUCGCAAACGACGAUCGAGGCAGUCUCAGGGGCCAAGAGUUGUAGUAGUGCGAAAGUUUGGUGAAGACGAGCAGCCAGGCCGGAACAAGUCAUAUUUUAUAAAGGACGAAUUCAAAGUGUUUAACACAACAGUGAUCGUGAAACAUGUGCUCUCGGUGGAGGAUGCUACAGAGGAAGGUGCGAACCCUGCCGUGGUACUGGAAGUGGAGGUUGAGACGAGGGGCCCGUUAGCGAGUGCUUGGGUCAUAGGUCGGCGGUAUGCUGACAGACUCGCAGGUCUGGGCGGCGCUGUGGAAGGGCGUUGGGGUGGGAAAGAUGCCUUGAGCAGAACCUAAGGUACCCUGAUGUUUGCUGCGGGCGGAUGCCAAUGAGAAAACCUACAGAGAACGUGCUGGAAACAUUACCUCAUAGUAUAGUGUGGUUCAGAUUUGAUCUAUGCAUAUAAAUGCUAUUAUUCUGCGGCGUAAAUUAUUUAUAAAGUUGGUGAUAGA